AUGGUUAUCGCUUUCAUCAAUGUAGCCAUCAUAUGUAACUGGAUCGGCCUGCUUUACGUCGUUCUUUGUCCAACGCCGCUUGUUAUACAGUACACAAGAAAGUAUAUAUCGGAAAAUUACGGUAUAGAUGCGACACGGAAGGCGUUUCUAGGAUUAAUAUGGAAGUACAUAACGCCACUCAAAUUCACGCUUGUUAUUGAGACCUUCAUAGUUAUAUUGGCACUUGGUACAGUUGGAGCCCUUUGUGCUUGGAAGAUUGACCGAUGCUUGAGAGUGAAUGCAAUGAGCCCUCAAACAAAGAAGAUUCACCGGCACAUGCUCUUGAUGCUCAUUUUACAGACUGUGUGUCCGGCUUUGCUGCUCAACGGACCCAUUUGUGCAGCUUAUAUGCUUCUUUUCAUCGGCGCUGAUAGCCCAAGUGUUCUGAGCUACAUUAUGGGGCUUUUCGUGUCAUCGUUUACGAUAUUUUCCCCAGCAAUUGUUCUUGUGUUUAUGAAGGACUAUAGGAAUUAUAUUCUCAUUGCACUACGCCUCAGGAAACCUAGUCAGAUUACGAAAGUGACGGCUAGCGAGCCAAGAUCGGCUCGAUGA